ACAGACUCUGUUUCAAAUUUGGAUUUAGUGCGCUACCUUGUGGGACUAUGGAUUCUUAUGAUGUAAUCACGAAUCAACCCGUAGUUAUAGAUAUCGGGACGGGUAUAUUGAAAGCAGGUUUUGCUGGGGAUCAAGUCCCGAAAUAUCGAUUCCCAAAUUAUAUUGGUCGUCCAAAACAUGUCAGAGUUAUGGCCGGUGCACUUGAAGGCGAUGAUUUUAUUGGACCUAAAGCAGAAGAACAUCGUGGCCUAUUAAGUAUACGAUAUCCUAUUGAACACGGGAUUAUACGUGAUUGGAAUGAUAUGGAACGUAUAUGGGCUUAUGUAUAUGGGAAAGAUCAACUGAUGGUUAACAGUGAAGAACAUCCAGUCUUAUUAACAGAAGCUCCACACAAUCCUAAAAAGAACAGGGAGAAAAUGGCAGAAAUAUUCUUUGAAACAUUUGGUGUACCUGCGUUGUAUAUUUCUAUGCAAGCAGUAUUAAGCCUAUAUUCUACAGGGCGAACUACAGGAGUUGUAUUGGAUUCAGGAGAUGGUGUAACACACGCUGUACCUAUCUAUGAAGGUUAUGCUCUACCGCAUGCAAUUGAACGUACAGAUUUAGCUGGUCGUGAUGUAACACGUUUCUUACGAUUAUUACUGCGUAAAGAAGGUGCUGAUUUUCAUACAACAUCAGAAUUUGAAAUUGUUCGUCAAAUUAAGGAACGUGCAUGUUUUAUCAGUUUAAAUCCAAGUAAAGUAGAAGCAGUCGAAGCAUUAGCUUCAUAUCCCCUGCCUGAUGGUUCAACACUUGAAAUAGGUCCAUCAAGAUUUCGUGCUCCAGAAUUACUAUUUCGACCAGAUUUAAUGGGACAAGAAUAUCUUGGUAUUCAUCAGGUAUUAGCCUAUGCUAUUCAAAAAUCUGAUAUGGACUUAAGACGUUUACUGUAUGAGAAUAUCGUUCUGUCAGGUGGUUCUACUCUAUUCAAAGGUUUCGGUGAUCGUCUUGUCUUAGAACUGAAACGUUUAGCGCCAAAAGAUGCUCAUUUAAGAAUUUCUGCACCACAAGAACGCUUAUAUUCAACAUGGAUUGGUGGAUCAAUCCUCGCCUCAUUGGAUACAUUCAAACGAAUGUGGAUAUCAAAAAGAGAAUAUGACAGUGAAGGUGCACGUGUUCUACACCGAAAACUUCUUUGAAGCUUUCCCAAUCAUGAUAAUCUCUUGUGUGUUCUUUUCUUCUUCUGUCUGUGUAUUGCUGUGUUGUUUUACUGCCACUACCACCACCAACCCCCAUUCCGUAUGCAGCGGGGUGGAGGGGGAUGUAUUUUGUUUUCAAAGUUAAUCACAUACAUAAUUUAGAGAUCUGUUGUUGGGUGUUGCGUUUCUCUUCAUCAUAUUAAUGUACGUAUGACGAGCCGAGCACACGUCAUACACGUCUGGUUUCCAUUCGUCUCUACUGUCCCCGCCCCCUCCUUCCUUUCUUGAUCUUUCAUAUUAUAAUAUUCGUCUCAGUAACCACAUUAUCUCAAUAUCAUCAUGACGUUUCGACACACAACACAUACAUACCUAUAUAAAUGGUUUUAUUCGGGUUUUUCCCCCAUAAUUUUUAAACAGAAAUCCAUACCAAAAAUAUAUAUUUAUUUAUUUGAAAUCCUCUUCACAUAUAUUAGGGGAUCACACUGAGUGUGUUUCAACGUGUGUAUAAUCUCUGUGAACGCGUGUCCGUCUGCAUAUUGCACCUCACUGUCUCUGUUGCUGUGUCAUGGACGCAGGUUCUCUUGCUCGUUCUCUCUGUCUAUAUCUGUUCCCCUUCAAACAUAUGAAAGACGCCUUUAUCGAUUAUUAAUCUUAUCAAUUCUCUCUUUCUGUGUUUGCGUGUGAAAAUGGACAUUCUCCUCUUAUGGUUUGUUGUAAUGUUUUUUGUGUUCUUAAGAAAGAACAACAACAACAGCGGUCCAUCCUUUGCUGCCGAAAUGAGAAAGUGAACGGUGGUGAUUCGCGAUGUACUACUACUACUACCCUUGACUCUGUCUGUCGGCCUGUCUCUCUUUCCCCUGUGUGUGUGUGUGGAGUGUGUG